AUGGAAUCGCAAAGCAACUUUCCCUCAAUCCAUCAUCACCUAGAUCGCCGCUACCAGUCCAACAAACCAGAACAUUUCUCGCAAAACUCGUCCGCAAUUGGAGCUGAAGCGCCAUCAGCCCAAGCACAGCCUACACCAUUGCAGCUCACCAAUCUACCCUAUUUCGUCAGGCGCACACCAUCCAACAAAUUACCGGUAUAUCUCGAGACGAAGGCUGGAGGAACGAAACGAUUGACAAAAAUUCAAAAGACGGAGGGUGACCUGGAAGCGCUUAAGUCAGAUCUUGCCACAGCCCUCAAUUUGGAGACUGGGUCAAAGAAGCCUGAAGUGACGAUUAAUUCGACGACUGGCCAUAUCAUUGUCAAGGGUUGGCGCAAAGACGAGAUUCAAAAGUUCCUGAUCGAUCGGAAUUUUUAA